AUGUUAGUUCGCACAAUCAGAACACCAAUCUAUACAAGGGCCUGUGCUACUGGCAUCUCUUCCUUGAUGCACAAACGGUUGAUGACCAUUGUGGCUACACCUGCCUCAAAACCUGAGGUUGUCUUGGGAGACCAUGAAAAGGUUAAUCACACGGCAAUCGAAAAUGCAGACAAUGAGUUCAUCUCUGAUUUCAUGUUCUCGCAUCCCGGUUACAACAAAGUGGACAUGGACAAGGUGACUCCAGGUCAUAGACCAACCAAGACCAUCACUGAUUGGGUCGCUUUCUUCACAAUGAGAUGUCUUCGUACCUCCUUUGAUUUUUUUUCAGGAUACAAACAUGCAGAGAAUGUGAGCGAGGAAGAGAUCAAGACCGCAAUUGCAGAAGGUCAUCCUGAAAGAUAUACAUUGACUUCAGAGCAAUGGCUCUCAAGAAUCGUUUUCCUAGAAAGUAUUGCUGGAGUUCCGGGGUCUGUUGCUGGGUUUAUCAGACACCUCCACUCAUUGAGAAUGCUCAGGCGUGACAAGGCAUUUGUGGAAACGCUUCUUGAAGAGGCGUACAAUGAAAGAAUGCAUCUUCUGACAUUUCUUCAAAUAGGUAACCCCGGCUGGUUUGCCAGGUCACUGCUCUAUGUUGGCCAAGGUGUUUUUUGCAAUUUAUUUUUUGCAUUUUAUUUGAUCUCACCAAAGAUCUGCCAUCGGUUUGUCGGUUACUUGGAGGAAGAAGCUGUUUUGACAUACACCAGAUGUCUGAAUGAUAUUGACCGUGGACUCAUCGCUGGACUAGAUGACUAUGAGGUUCCUGAUAUUGCAAAGAGAUACUGGAGAAUGGAGGAUAAUGCCAGCAUGAGGGAUCUCAUUAAUUAUGUUAGAGCCGAUGAGGCUAAGCAUGCUGAGGUCAACCACUCUUUUGCCAAUCUGAAACUGAACGGUGAAGAUAGAAAUCCCUUCGCCUUGAAGAUAGAAGGUGUGAACAAGCCUCAGCCAUCUAAAGGUCUAGAGACCCUGAGGAUGCAAGGAUGGGAGCGUGAGGACUUGAUUGUCUGA